UUUGCAUUCUCUUAAAGGCGCAGGCGGAGCAGCGGGACAGCAAGGGGGGUGGGUAUUGCGAGCUUGUAUUUUUUCAGUGGAUGUCAGAAUAGAGAGGUAACAUGUGAAACAAUCAGUUGAACAUUUUAAAAACGCCAUUUUGCGGGUUUAUUUGCUUUCCUGGUGUUCCCUCGGCCCUCCUCUCUUUUAUAACGCUCCUAAGAAGUGAUUGGGCGCAAUGGCCUCUAAGCUUCUGCGAGCAGUUGUCUUGGGUCCCCCGGGCUCCGGCAAAGGAACCGUGUGCGAGAGGAUCGCCAAGAGCUUUGGCCUCCAUCAUCUUUCCAGUGGGCAGUUUUUAAGGGAGAACAUCAGAGCAAACAGUGAUAUUGGCAUACUAGCAAAGCAGUAUCUUGAGAAAGGCCUUUUGGUGCCAGAUCAUGUAUUCACACGAGUAAUGAUAACAGAACUGGAAAAAAUGCAGACCCAGCCUUGGUUACUUGAUGGUUUUCCAAGGACACUGGGUCAAGCUGAAGCACUUGACACAAUAUGUGAACUGGAUCUAGUGAUAAGCUUGAACAUCCCAUUUGAGUCCCUAAAAGACCGCCUAAGUGCUCGUUGGAUUCACCCAGCGAGUGGGAGAGUCUAUAAUAUGGAAUUCAACCCACCUCAAGUACAUGGGGUUGAUGACGUUACUGGUGAGCCAUUAAUCCAACGGGAAGAUGAUAAACCUGAAGCUGUUGCUGCUAGGCUUAGAAAAUACAAAGAUGCUGCAAAGCCUGUAAUGGAAUUGUACAAAAACAGAGGGAUCCUACAUUCAUUCUCUGGGACAGAGACCAACAAAAUAUGGCCUUAUGUGUACUCUCUGGUGUCCAGUAAAAUUCCUCCACUCCAGGCCAAAGAAGCAAACUAAGCAUUUCCAAACAAGCAAGAGUUAGUAUAACCAGAGUUGAUUUUCUAUUAAGUUUGUGGUGUGCUGUAUCUGAUAUAU